GAUUCUCCUGGCAAAUCAAAAGAGCAGCAAUUCUGCGCAGAUCUCUAAACAAGUCGUUGACAAACUAGACAGAUACUUAGAUCAGUCGUUAUGUUUGUAGCUAAUUUAUAUUAUUUAAUGCAAGGGGAAGUAUUGGAACUCGUGGUUAUGCAAUACACUGGAAUUGGGAAAGAGAAGACAGACCCAGACGUGCAAUUUUAUAGUUUAAGCUGAGUGAUGUGAAAUCUACACGUCUUUACGCAGCUAACGUUAACUAGCUAGAAAACAUGAACCCAACAAGUAAAGAUAUGAAAGGCAUCAUGGACAAGUCAUCAUACCGUUUGCUGCAGCUUCUGUCCUUGGCAUGGCUGGCCUGUAGGCCCACCAGUAGUUCUAUCACCACCUAUGGAACAAUAAUCCCACAAUCUCCAUUGGUGGAAAUUGGGAAGGAAUUCACCGCCACAUGUGUACUCUACAAAGCUGCUAAAGCCACAGCGGAGGACAUCUACUGGAAGUUGAAAAACGUCACAGUGCCCAAAGAGCAGUACACCAAGAUAAAUGACUCGGCUGUUAGCGUGACCAUCACCAUCACCAAUGAAACGGCCAACUGGUUACUUUGUGAGAAGAAAGGGUCUCCCUUAAACCGAAAUCAAGUAAUCCAUGGGAUUCUAUUGACCAAAGGGUAUCCCCCUGAGAAGCCUGUGAACCUGUCCUGCAUGGCUGUCCAGUCUGACCAAAAGAUUUCCUCCAACGUCACGUGCACAUGGCAGCCUGGGACAAGAGACGAGAUUCUGAAAACCACUUAUACCUUGUUUGGCAGUCUAAUUGUCUCAAAUAAGAGCAGAAAAGCUCACAGAAGCAGUGGAUACAUCGACUUCGGCACCUUUCCAAGCUUCAUGCAACUUGCUAUGUGGGUAGAAGUUGAAAACAAGUUGGGGAAGGUUCGAUCUGACAUUCUGGAUAUUUAUGCUGCUGAUUUGGUGAAAACGAAUCCCCCAUCAGAUGUCAAUAUUCUUUCCGAGAAUAACUUUUCCAGGACACUCUUAGUGAGUUGGAAGCACCCUAUCCAUGUAACCUAUGUAACGCUGAAAUACAACAUCAGGUUCUGCACUGUGGGCUCUGGAGACUGGACUGAGGUACCCCCAAAUGACACUGAAAGCUACAAGGAGUCUUUCCGUCUUCAGUACCUCAAGCCGGACACGGAGUAUGUAGUGCAGGUGCGAUGCAUUCAUCAUAUGGGCUAUGGCUAUUGGAGUGACUGGAGCGCUAACUCUACCGCCAGGACCCCAGAGGACAAGCCUACAAGUAAGCCAGACCUAUGGAGAGUCAUCAUUCCCAGCCAAGUCAAAAGUGAGCGGAGAGUGCAAGUGAUGUGUAAGGAUCCAGUGGAGUCCAAUGGAAGGAUACAGGGCUACAGCAUCAAGAUCCAAGAUGGAAACUGGGAGACGGUGGCGGUCAAUGACUCUGACCUGGAUUCUAGGUCGCAAGAGAGGAAAAUUAUCCCCCUUUACCAGAUUCCCUGGUCUGACAAGAGAAGAGGCCUCAUUGAAUUGAAGGCCUGGAAUUCUGUUGGCGAGUCUCCCCAAGCGUCUUUGGUCAUCCCAAAAUUGACACAAGAGCCCCCUUCGGUGGAAUGGCUCAGCUGGUUUACCCAGCAGGGGAGGCUGUGGGUGAAAUGGCAGCCCCCCAAUGUGACGGCCACAGGGGAGCCCUACAGGUCCGAGGUGACGGAGUACAUACUGGAGUGGGUGUCUGUCAGUGAUGGCGCUAUGGACUGGCAGAGAGAACGUAGGCAUACUAGGACGGCAGCCAUUAAAGGUAACCUUCAGAAGUUCAAUCGCUACAAUAUAUCUGUGUAUCCCAUGUACUCUGGGUGGACUGGGAAGCCAUUGACCAUAGCAGCCUUUCUGGAACAAGGAGCUCCGCUGGAGGGCCCCUCUGUGAAAGUGAGGCGGACGGGGAAAAACGACGCUGAGCUAGAGUGGAUGGAGAUUCCACUGGACAAACAGCGAGGGUUCAUCACCAACUACACCAUCUUCUUCAUCACAGGGGGCAAGGAACACUCAAUAGUUGUCUCUACCGACACCUACUCUUACACUGUGAAGCGCAUGGCCAGCAACAGCAAGUAUGUGGUGCGGGUCAUGGCAUCUACAGUACAAGGCUCUACAAACAGCUCAGACCUGUCAUUCAAUACUCUGAUGUAUGCUCCCGGGCAGAUAGAAGCCAUUGUGGUGUCUGUGUGCAUCAGCUUCCUGUUUUCCGUAGUGCUGACCAUGCUCUGCUGCAUUUACAAAAUGGACUCGAUAAAGAAGAAGAUCUGGCCACCGGUACCUGACCCCUCCAACAGCACUAUCGCUAAAUGGUCUCCUGAUUUCACAUCCAAAGCUGACACUCCUAACGAGAGCGUGCUGGGUGACGUGAGUAUUGUAGAGGUGGACGUGUUCGACAGGAAGUCUCUGUGUGAGGAGGACAAGGCAGGCCUGCCGCUCAAAAAGGACAAAUACCUGUCAGAGGAGCAUAGCAGCGGCAUCGGCGGCUCCUCUUGCCUGUCAUCGCCUCACCAGAGCGUCUCAGACAGCGACGAGGGCGGCGACGAGGGCCAGACUACAGCCAGCACCGUCCAGUACUCGUCGGUGGUGGCAUCCUGCGGCUACAAGGGCCAGACCCCCUGCCCUCUCCCCCAGUCCGGCUCGUCCCAGACGCCCAGCUUCACCCGCUCCGAGUCCACCCAACCCCUGCUGGACAGCGAGGAGCACCCGGAGGGCCCCGAGUCACAGCGCUACCUGCGGAACCCCUACUUCGGGCGCUUGCCUGGGGGGAACAAUGGCGACAGCGGAGACCUGGAGGACUUGAACCAGAUGGAGAUGAAGAAGCAGGGGUUGGCUUUGCGCCGGUUCUGCCCCCUGGAGGAGGACUUUCAGCAGACCACACCCACAGAGGAGGGUCACUCACCUGACGGACAGCCAGGCCCUGACCCUAGCUACAUGCCUCAGCUCAGCGGCUACAGGCCUCAGUGUUAGGAGGACGUAUGGUGACUUAGUUCGAGGUUGUCACACUUCAUGUACAGUGACUCUUCCUUGCGCCUUUGUUCAUUUCACUUUUGUUCCAAACUUUGUCAGCCUAUUAUUUUUGCACUUACCCAAAUGGCAAUCAUGAACUUCAUGUGGGCAUCGUGACUUGCCUUGUUAAAUCUCUUUUAAGUGGAUGAUAUAGUUUGCCUGUAUGUCAAGGUUUUAUUGUUUUAAGAUCCUAAAAAGGAAAUAGAUGCCUACGUGCAGACCCGUUUAUUUUCAGUUAAUUACUGACCUAGGUAGUUGGCGUCACCUAUUGACCUCUUAAGAAAAGUCCAUAGCCUAAAUGUGGACCCCUAUUCUCUACAAGCCGGCCAAGUUGAACUUUGAAUGGACAGUGUGAUGACGCAUCAUUCCAAGAAAGAAGACUUGAAGGAAGCGAAAAGGUGAUGCUAGCCAAUACAACAGGACCCUCUUGAAAUGCAGUACCUUCAGAAAGUAUUCAUACCCCUUGACUUGUUCCCCAUUUUGUGACAUCCUAAAUUCUAAAAGGAUUCAAUGUAAACAUUCUCACCAAUCUACACACAAUACCCAUAAUGACAAGGUGAAAACAUGUUUUUUGACAUUUUAGCAAAUUUAUUGAAAAUGAAAAAGCGAUAUGAUUUACAUAAGUAUUCACACCCCUGACUCAAUACACGUUAGAAUCAUCUUUGACAGCUGUGAGUCUUUCUGGGUAAGUCUCCAAGAGCUAUGCGCAGCUGGAUUGUACAAGUUAGUUGUUGUCAUUGCUCGACAGCCAUUUUCAAGUCUUGCCAUAGAUUUUCAAGCUACAGUCAAAACUGUAACUAGGCUACACAGGAACAUUCCAUGUCAUCUUGGUAAGCAACUCCAGUGUAUUUAUGGACUUUUGUUUUAGGUUAUUGUCCUGCUGAAAGCUGUAUUUGUGUCCCAGAGUCUGUUGGAAAGCAGACUGAACCAGGUUUUCCUCUAGGAUUUUGCCUGUGCUCUAUUCCAUUUAUUUAUUUAUUUAUUUCCCCCCCAAAAAACCUAUAGUCCUUGCUGAUGACAAGCAUACCCAUAACAUGAUGCAGGCACCACCAUGCUUGAAAAUAUGACGUGUGGUACUCCGUGAUGUGUUGGAUUUGCCCCAAACAUAACACUUUGUAUUCAGGACAUAAAUUACAUUUCUCUGACACAUAUCUUUGAAAUUAUGGGCUAUUGUUUGUAGGCCAGUGAAAUACGAUUUCAAUUGAAUACAUUGUAAAUUCAGACUGUAACACAAAAUGUGGAAAAAGUCGAGGGGUGUGAAUACUUUGAAGGCAUUGUAUGCUACACUAGUAGGUGUAUGGUUAAUGACAUAUCUUUCCAGAUAGAAAAACUGUUUGACAAAUGUACAUUUUGCCUUUUCACAAUGCCUUAUUGACUUUACGUUAUGAAUUAAAUUAAGAAAUGCUAUGCAAUUUCCCUGCCCAUCAAAACUUAUUGUUCAAGGUCAAAUAUAGAGAUAUUACUGUUGUAUUAUUAUUAGAUACUGAAAAGGAAGUUUGUAUAAUUUGUUUCUGGGAAAUGUUUUUCAUAUAAAUUUUUGUGUUGUCAUGAGUGCAGUAUAUUUAGUUAAUUUGUUUGAGAUUCUUUUGUUUGGAACAUAUGUACAGAUCUCAACAGGACAAACUUCCAUAUUUGUUCCUACAGAGAAUAUGCUCAGAAAGGGAUGUUGCAUGUACAGACCGUUUAAAUAUUGCUACAUUGAGGGUUAUAAAAAAUAUUCUUCCACCAUCACUCAGUUAACACUACUUUUCCACAUAUACGGGAAACAAGCAUAGCCUAGUACUUCAGUGCAUGCCACCAGAAUACAUGUGCCCUUUUUGGAGCAUGGUUUGUGAAUGUGUGACAUUAUACAAUAUGAAAUAAACCAAAAGUGUUAUCCAUGUGAACUAAUAAUUGACUUCUAAGGCAGGAUAUCUUUAUAGAGCUUUAUUUUCAGUGAGACUUUCAACACUAAUAGAACAGAAUAUAUUAGUCCAUUGUACGGGGAGGAAGUAGGAGUUCACAAUACAAUAUUGUUUUGGUGUGCUCAGGAAAUAAAAUGUCCUCUCCCACUCUA